AUGUUUCGUCUGUUCUUCUUGAUGACUUUGGCCAUUUUCUUGGCCGCUUCCUUUGGAACUUCGCAGAACAAUUCUUCAAAUCAGGUAACUUUAUUAGUUCCGAGUAUCUAUAUUGGCAAGGGAACUGUUCAGGUGCGGUUUUCUUAGCUUUCUAGACCCCGGACAACGCUGUUUUUUGCGUUUUCAGGUUCUUUCACAUUCAUAAUCCGUUCAAUAUCUUGGUUGCAAACUAGAAACUCAGCUAUGAGAGACACAACUUUAAUUUAUCAUUGAUUUCACAUGCAGAAAUUGAAGGGAUAUGCACCGUAGAUAUGGCGUCGGAUACAGCAUUCAAGGCUUUAUAUAAUUUUACACAUUUCGGCUAGCACAUGGGCCAUCUUCAGUUUUCAUGAGAAUAUUAAAGGAAAGAAAACAAAGUAGUUGCACUCCAUGCACGAAAACCCAGGGUUGAAAAAAGGGGGGUAAAAUUACAGUGUUUGAUUGGUAAGGGGAAAGUCUGAAAACUGUUGGGUUCGAGAAAUUCGCGCGAACAGCACGCGCCAACAGCACGCGCGUGUGAACUUACGCGUGAACAUCGCUCUCUCGUUACCAGUCACCUCUUAAUAAACAAACGCCUGUGGAAUAUUUGCCAACUGGGCAAAAAUGUUUUCCCUAAAGAUCUCAGGACUAUUUUAAAAGUUGAUCCAAAUCUACCGUGUUCGACUCUGUUCGACUCCUGAAAUAAUGCUCGGGAAGCAGAGCGUCAAUCAGAGAAGCUUGAUUAAGGAGAUUGAUUGUUUAAAUUGCUGUUACGUUACUCUUUACAAAAAAUGGUGAGAUCAAAAAGAUGAGCUCAGGUGAGUUUAACUCUUUGACGACUGUUGUUCUUUUUGGUCCUCAUUUUUGAAUCAUGAACAUUUUCCUUCAUGGAUCCAUUCAGCUAUCCAUUUAAGCUCUUAAGAUGGUAAACAGCAAAAUCAGCAAGGAUAAAUCUUUCCACAGGGACUUCAUUUUAGCACAUUGUGACCAAUCCUAACAGUGUUAAUGCAUCGGUCAAUUCUACUCUACAAUGACUACAAUAGGGACUACUCGUAGUCUAACAAAAAAAGCUGCUUAAUUGUAAUCAAUUAGCAAAAAAAUAUACUUUGAGCCUCAAAAAUGUCUUUUUUAGCCAUUCCCAUGCUAGCUAGCCAAAAACUGCUCCAAUAAGGAGGAUUUGGUCAAAAAUGCAGUUUUUUGCUUCAAAAUGACUGUAGUAAAGAGUUAAUUUUACACUGGUAAGCUUAUAAAAGCUUAAAACUUACACUACGUACUUUCGUGUCGCUUGUUAGCUAAUUGCUUAGUACUUACUGUAGCAACUAAGGCCCGUUUCAAACGUCGUGCUACUGCCGUGCCGAACUCAAUUGAUCGAAUUAAAUUCGACUUUAGCACGGACUUUUGCGACGUGUGAAACCAAGUAGUGCUAGUGCCGUGUAGCACGGCAAGCCUUGCCAUGCUACACAGCAGUAGCUCGACUUGGUUUCAAACAUCGUGCUACCCCCAUGCCUAACUCAAUUCAUGAAUUAUGAAAUACAUUAGAAUAUAUUUAAAAGUUUGCUAAACCGUUUCUGUAUUUUUGUGUUUUUUUUUUGGCAUCAGCCAUUCUAUUUGACUGUCAUUCUGUGAAUUACAGCGGUGAUUAUACUGGUGUGAACUCCUAAAAUAUGUCUGGAAUGUUUAUGGUGUUGCAACCAAUCACAGGUGAGAUCUUCACACCACAGAAACCAAAGGCAACGAACGGUUUCCGAUCGGUCAUGGAACAAAUUAUUUUCGUUUUGUUUAAGGAUACAAACUGCAUGCCUUAUUAGGAAUUUAAAACACUGCUGUUUCCCAAGAUCAGUGUCGAGCACCGCAUCCAGUACAUUGUUCGAUUUUAGAAAGGAAAGUUUUAGAAGCCAAUGCGACCAGCUUUCAAUGUAAUGACAUAUCACAUGAAGACAAUAAAAAAUGAGCAAUCGUGAUGUUUUCUUUUCUGAUAGCACAAUCCUUGCUAAUAUUUUUUUGUAGAACAAGGGGAUUCGAUUUGUGUGGACUAACGAUUGAAUCUUCGAACUACUAUCUACUACCUACGAUCAGGCGUAACUACCGAUCUCGAUCGUUACAAAAAGUUUGAAAACUUGCGCGCCAAACCGUCGCCUGCGUAGGCACGGCACAUCGGCUUUGUAAUUUAUUUCAAAAUUGCUCAAACCUGUAUUCUUCGCUAUUAUAGCAAAUACUGUAAACAAAUAUGAAGGAAAAGCAAUUGUUUACUUGUAAUAAAAGUCUUAAUUUUAUAACAAAAUGAAAAUAAUUUGUUCCAUGACAGAUAGGAAACCGUUCGUUGCCUCUGGUUUCUGUGGUGUGAUGAUCUCGUCUGUGAUUGGUUUCAUCACAAUAAACAUUCUAGACAUAUUUUAGGUGUUCACGCCAAUAUGAUCACCGUCGUAAAUUCGACGUCUGAAACCAAGUGUCAGAAUGUCGUGCUGCAGUCGAGCUACAGUUGAGCCAGCUUAGCAUGGCAGUAGCACGACGUUUGAAACAGGUCUAAGCAUAUUAUUGGACCUUAAGUGAGUUUAAAUAUUCUGCAUUGGCCUUAAAAAAAAGAACUGUUUUAUUGUGAAGUUUUUUACAAAUUAUGUUCCUUUUUCUGUCAAUAAAACUGAUCGAUUUGACAUUAUCGAAGGUUAGGUUUUCACUGCUACAGUACUUGAACACUCUUAUAAUAUCACUACUAUUUGAACACUCUUAUAACGUUUAUUUAUAGGUAGAUACAGUGAAAUUCAUUGUAUUGCGCGGCGCGUUUUGCAAACUUAGAGGGGAUUUGGGGUUUUUCUGUUCCGUCAAUCAUUUUAGUGAAGGCGGGGUUAAUGCAAAUCACAAUGUAAUUAAUGUGCGUGCCAAGCUUGGCUGAGAAUGACUCUAGACUGCUCAAGAAUAGUGAAGGAAAUUGCGAUGGUGAGUGGAUUUAUUGUUGAAGGAAGGAGGCAGAUGUUGCUUUAUUCUUGCAAGUAACAAGAAUGAGAAAGGUCUAAAAAUCUGCAAAGCAAACUAAACUGGUCGAUUAUUGCCCGAAAAAGGAUGAUCACAAAGCAAUGAACCUUGAAAUGCGAAACAAACAAAACGGAUCAAAAUUCACCAAUCACGAGUCACAAACCAUGGCUUUUUGAACUCGUGCAAGUAAACAUGUGUUUCCUAAGAGGUCUGCUAGGAUGAUUGAUGGAACAGAAAAACCUAAAAUAUGCAAAAUGCACGGCACGAUGCAAUGAAUUUCGCUAUAAUAUGUUGAUAAAUAUUGAAUGGAUGUAUAUUUGUAGAUUUUUAUCACAUUAUUGUGAUUAUUGUAAUUCACAGCUUUGGGGAAGAUCAAAGUGCAUGUAUUGUAAUUUUUUUAUCAAAUCUAUAUAGCUAACUAUCUAUCUAUCUAUCUUUCUGUCUAUCUAUCCAUCUAUCUAUCUAUCUAUCUAUCUAUCUAUCUAUCUAUCUAUCUAUCUAUCUAUCUAUCUAUCUAUCUAUCUAUCUAUCUAUCUAUCUAAAAGCGCAGGAGUGAAGGGUUCCGUCUAACAUGGGAACAUGGAGGAACACAACCCCAUUUAGUUUCCCUGUUAAAAUAAAUAAUUCGGAAAAAGUGGAUCAGUGACUUGGAAUUUUCUUUUCUCUCUUUGGUUCCAUUUUCUUUAGAUAAUUAAUGUAUUUUUCAAAAUGUGCCAGUUAAUGCUGUAAAUAGCUCAAACUUUUCUACCAGGCGUGAGAAAUUAGAACACAGGUGUGAGUAGGAGUGAGAUCAAAGUUUUUUGAUCCACGGGCAUAACAAUUGCUCCUUAGGCAUGAUACUUGGCAGGUAUAAUAAUUCAGUCUAAACCUUUUAAUUUCCUGCUUUUUAAUUUACCACUUUCAUUUCCAUGCUCAUGUCUUUCCAAAUUCUGUUCUUAUAAUUUGCAACUCAGUUUAUGCUAGAGCAUUUUCAUAUAUUGUUUAUCUAGAGUUUGCAGUCUUCCUUAGGUAAUGAAAGUAUGUUAAAUUUCCCAAUCUAACAGACUAAUGGAUCUGCAGCAAAGUCUAAAAGCUGUAAAGUUGUACCUCAAGCUGGUUGCUGUAAGGAUGGUGAGUUGGCAAUAAUUGUAAAAAUUGAUUUACAGCAGAACGAUUAUCCAUGGAUGUUGAAAAAAAAAAAAAAAGCUAUCAAAAAUGAAAAAAAAUUUUCAUAGUAGGUUAAAAUUUACCACACAUUGAGCCAAAGGCCAGCAAAGGGCAUUAAAGGAUUUGCAUUAGUGGGAUCAGAUCAGUUCAAUCAAGUUGCUCUGCAGGUUCUGUGGUUUCAUCAAUAGUUCAGUUGUGCUUCAUUAAUUGCCUCUGUAUUUUUUCAAUAGGCAAAGAUGGAAAGGAUGGACAACAUGGUGGGUCAUCCAUUAAUAUGCAGCAAUUUUCCUUUAUUAUUAGGCUGCCCGUGAGGGCAACACUCAAAUUAUCAAGAAAUGAGAAGCAAAUUCACAUUGUCAAGUUUUUUACUUUUUCUUUUGAAAUAGAUGCUCCCAACACUAUAAGCUGUGCUCCUAAAAUUUUCAGCUGUGCACCUAAAAUUUUGGCAGCGCAGCUAAAAAUUUACAUCUGGUAGCACAAAUGCUGCCCAAACUCAAAUUUAAACUUUGAGCCCUGUUAAAAAAGUAUUUCAAACACCAAAAUUAACCCAGUGUCACAUUUUAUAGCCAUAGAACAACGAUGAUUUUUGGAAUUUCUUGUUAGAUCAGAUUAGUCAUGUCAUGCUAUAUAUUUUCGGUGGCAGAGGGAUGGGAGUGAGAUGUGGAAAUGUCCCAGUUGAAAACCAUGCCAAUCGUUUCUUGCUCUAUCCCAUUCUCCAGGUUAGCAGUAGCUAUACGCUCAACCCAACCCAAUGGGGUUCUCGUUACAACUGACAUUAAUGCAGCAUGAUUAUAGGUUAAGAAAUAAUGCCUCCACGGCCACUGGUAUAAUUAAGUGUUGUUUUUGGUUUGCAGGAAAAGAUGGACGCGAUGGAGUGAAUGGUGAUGUACAUUUUAUGUUCCUGUCAUUCUCAAAAUAAAUCUUAGCCAUGGGGCUCAUUUUGGUCAUUUACUGCAGUAACAUAUUUUUGUAACAUUCUUCUCCCCUUCCCUCUUAGCUGGUUGUCUGUGUUCUACCCUAGCUUUUAGACAAUUCAUUAGGCUGUUCUCUAAAAAAAUUGAAGGGAGCCCUGGAUGCUCUGUAUCUGUGAAAUCCAGGGUACCAAGUGUAGGACUUUUUUGAUAAAGGUAAGAUGUCCUUUAGGGGCCACUGGUUGCUGCUAGAGAAUCAGCCCUGUAAUCUGAAUAUUACAUUUUGUUAAUUGUUUUGAACACAGGAAAAGAUGGCCGUGAUGGACGAGAUGGCAGUGGAAUAAAGGUUGGCCUUUCUUUAUAAUGUUAAUGCAUUGUUUUCUCUUUUUGCUUGAAAAGUUCAGGAAUAAAACAAACCAGGGAACUGUAUAUCUCAGACAUGGUCUCUGUAGUGUGAAGAUAACAUGUUGCCAAAAAGAAGUUUUACUGUAUUUAAACUAACAUUUUGAAGCUUGAGGUAACGUAAAAAUUUAGGCUUUCCCUUUUCAGAGAAAGAAGAGGAAGACAUAAAAUAAUUUUUAAAAAAAUCAAUAACCUUAAGGGGCACUGUCACUAGAUAUAUUUGCAACAAUGGAAACAGGACAGAAAAAAUAAUUUUAGUCAUAUGUUUUCAUUGUUGCAAACCUUAACAAAAAAGGAACAAGUUAUUGCUAAUCAUUCAUAUACUGCCUUACGAAAAUUGCUUGCUUGCCCACAGGCGGCCCAAACUCAUUACAUGAACGCGGACGUGACUCUUGCUUGCGAGCGGUGUUGUGUUACAAACGGUUAUUUACAAAGGCUUGUAUGGGAUCGAUCGGUUUUUCUUAAAAGAGAUAAAAAUGUUAUGUUUUUAAAUAAAAUCGACGUACCUUAUUGCCUUGUUGUAUUCUUUGUUGUUUACCCGCGUCUCAGGCCGUUUUGAAGCGUUUUCGGAGAGUUAGCGCUAUUUUGGUGUUCCACCAAAUAGCACUAACUCGCCGAAAACGCUUCAAAACGGCCUGAGACGCGGGUAAACAACAAAGAAUACAACAAGGCAAUAAGGUACGUCGAUCUUAUUUAAAAACAUAACAUUUUUAUCUCUUUUAAGAAAAACCGAUCGAUCCCAUGCAAGCCUUUGUAAAUAACCGUUUGUAACACAACACCGCUCGCAAGCAAGAGUCACGUCCGCGUUCAUGUAAUGAGUUUGGGCCGCCUGUGGCUUGCCUGAAGAGGCUAAUUACAUUGCAUUUUUAUGUGAGUAUGACUUGUCAGUUCCUUUGCUCUUUAGUCAACUGAGCUUGAAGUUACUUGCCUGGCACUUAAAGGGUGGGGAACUUGUCUCAAAACCUCCAGCUGAAUAUUUUUUGAGCCCUGGUUUUUUUACCAGUCAUUGAAGUUAAUAUCUUUUUGCAUGAGCCUGAUAAAUCCCCUGUCCCCAAUGCCAAGGGGCCUAGAUCCAAAAUAUAACAAUUAUAUUUUAUCCAGGCCCCUUGGCAGUGGGGACAGGGGAUUUAUUGAUUUAAGAUAGAGUAAGCAACGCUGUCAACCCCCCACGAUUUCAAAUAUUGAGAAUUGAAAGCAAGGGGAUCAUAGAUGACGUCAUAACGCAGGGCGCAUGACGUCAUUUGUGCAAAAAAUACAUGUUGACUCCGAUCGCCACGAAUUUGUGAUGACGCAAAACGUGUGAAAAAGAUGUUGUUGGCAUUGUAAUGUUUAACUUGAUUGGUUUACUUCCCACCAAUCUCGUUAAUUUUUAUAUUACAAUGGCAUACUGGAGUUAACAAGGAAACGUUCGAAGUUAACAGUACAAAAAUAGCUCAAACAACGCAAAAUAUUUGAAAUUUUAUUGUCGCAAAGUCGACUCUACAAGAAAUAGCAAAAUUCGGCGAUUAUCCGGGAGAUGUCAUACUCUAAUCUGGAGACCGGGAGAUACGGUCCAAAAUCUGGAGUCUCCUAGAUUAUCCGGGAGAGUUGACGGCACUGAGUAACCUUCCUUACCCUAUUCUAUGGUUAUAAAAAUAUGCACGUAGUCACUAAGCAGGUGUAUCUAGAUAAACUCAGAACUACAAGUUAGUAAUGUUCAUUUAAAUAUGGGCAUGGAGCAGUUUUGGUCACUUUUAAACUAAUUGCAUUAAUUAUGUGUUGACUUAAUUUUUAGUAAUUUUGUUACUGUUAAUAAAUAAACGUUAUUUAGUGGUAGCAAGUCCAUGAAGCGGUUCUUCACCUACCACAUUCAACAAGCAAUGUGCCACCCCAUAACUGCAGCACCCGUGCACCAUCAUUUUUCUCCACUAAGGCUGAAAAUUCUUAAAAGAUAAAUAAAAGAUGAAUAAAAUUCAUAGUAAUAGUCAUCUUCUAAGUUAUAGUGUUAAUUUGUCAGUUUGGGUUUCACCUUGUAAAUAUCUAUGUUAGGGAGAAAAAGGAGAAACAGGGAAACCAGGAAGAGAUGGAAGUGCAGGUGUUAAGGUAUUAUAUAUACGUUCUGCUUUUCAAAUGGAGGUUUUUAGUUUCUGGAUCCAUACACUUGUAUCUCUCCAUAAAACAUCAGUGAUUACAUUGGGUGUACAAAUGUCUUUUGUGUGUUUAAUUUUCGGUUGGACUGAGCAAAAUGAUCAAAAUUAUACAGACCAGACCAGUUAGCUUUAUUUUGAUCACACCACAGUAUAGAUUGUCUCUAUUUGUUAUUUACCAUCUUCAUCAUCAUCAUUGUCACUCCUUUGUCACAGUUUGCUUUAAUUACUUAUUGUUAUUGUUAUUAUUAUUAUGUUUUUCUUCUUUCGCAGUUCGUACUGUCCAGGGCUCCGAGAAGCGCCCAGUUUCCUUGGGAGCGGCUGGGGGGGGAGUUUUCAUUUAAUUUGUAGACAGCACUUUUUGUAAAAUAUGGGCUGUGCUUAGAAGACUGAUCUUUGGGAGUUCUUCGAUAUUGAUAUUUUUAUUGAUUUUUUUUUCCAGGUAUUUUCCCAGGCCCGGUUUUAGUAGGCCAAGAGCUCCAAUAUUUACAGGCACAAUUUCUGUUUUAAGGCCCCAUAUCCUAGAGAUUUCAAUCUCUAAUUCCGUAUACUUUGAAAGCUUUUCAAUCGUUUUGACAGAUGAUGAUGAUGAUGAUGACGAUGAUGAUUAUUAUUAUGUCUUGCUUAGCAGUUCUUACUUCUCAGAGCUCCGAGGAGCUACCAGUUUCCUUGGGAGUGGCUGAGAGGAGGGGGGAGUCGUUAUUAUCUAGUUGGUAGAGAGCACUUUUCUUAAAAUGUGGCUGAUCUUCUGGAGGUCAUCGAUAUUGAUGUUUCCAGGGAUUCUUUUGACGUAUUUUCCCGGGUCCAUUGUAAGUAGUUUAAGUGCUCCUUAUUAUUUCUGUUGUAGGGGGUGAAAGGAGAACCAGGAAUGGAUAAAAACAGUAAUGGUGGUGUUAAAGUAAGUGUAAGUUUCAUGACCUUUUUUUGUCUGUAAGACAACCUUAACAACCUUAAUCAGUUCUCCAACGUGGAUUUACCUUCAAUCAAAUAUUUAUGUUUGUUAUUUUCUGCCAACUAAUUUUCAGUGUCCAAAACAAAAACGAAGCCACAUGCUUUAUCCAACACAGCCACACACACCACUCAUUCAAUUUUCACGUCUCUCACGCUUCUAAAUGUUACAUUCGACCUGUUAGUUGGUAUGUCCGAGCUGGCGCUCGACCAAACUNUGAUCACACCACAGUAUAGAUUGUCUCUAUUUGUUAUUUACCAUCUUCAUCAUCAUCAUUGUCACUCCUUUGUCACAGUUUGCUUUAAUUACUUAUUGUUAUUGUUAUUAUUAUUAUGUUUUUCUUCUUUCACAGUUUGUACUGUCCAGGGCUCCGAGAAGCGCCCAGUUUCCUUGGGAGCGGCUUGGGGGGAGUUUUCAUUUAAUUUGUAGACAGCACUUUCUGUAAAAUAUGGGCUGUGCUUAGAAGACUGAUCUUUGAGAGUUCUUCGAUAUUGAUAUUUUUAUUGAUAUUCAUUUUUUCCACGUAUUUUCCCAGGCCCGUUUUUAGUAGUGCAAGAGCUCCAAUAUUUACAGGCACAAUUUCUGUUUUAAGGCCCCAUAUCCUAGAGAUUUCAAUCUCUAAUUCCGUAUACUUUGAAAGCUUUUAAAUCAUUUUGACAGAUGAUGAUGAUGUUGAUGAUGAUGAUGAUGACGAAGAUGUUUGUUAUUACGUCUUGUUUAGCAGUUCUUACUGCUCAGAGCUCCGAGGAGCUACCAGUUUCCUUGGGAGUGGCUGAGAGGAGGGGGGAGUCGCUAUUAUCUCGUUGGUAGAGAGCACUUUUCUUAAAAUGCGGCUGAUCUUUUGGAGGUCCUCGAUAUUGAUGUUUCCAGGGAUUCUGUUGACGUAUUUUCCCAGGCCCUUUGUAAGCAGGCCAAGUGCUCCUUAUUAUUUCUGUUGUAGGGGGUGAAAGGAGAACCAGGAAUGGAUAAAAACAGUAAUGGUGGUGUUAAAGUAAGUGUCAGUUUCAUGACCUUUUUUCUCUGUAAGAAAGAACACUUUAACAAUCUUGAUCAGUUCUCCAACAUGGAUUUACCUUCAAUCAAAUAUUUGUUUUUUCUUCUGCCAACUAAUUUUCAGUGUCCAAAACAAAAACGAAGGCACAUGCUUUAUCCAGACACAGCGACACACACCAUUCAUUCAAUUUUCAUGUCCCUCACGCUUCUAAAUGUUACAUUCGACCUGUUAGUUGGUAUGUCCGAGUUGGCGCUCGACCAAACUAACUAAACAAGUCGAAUUUUAUUUCUCUACGGAUACCUUUCUGGUACAAAACAAGUACCGCAUGUAACUUUAAGUUUUCUUCUUGUAUCGCUAUAGUAAAGGAUAAAGUGGUGAUCAGGUUUUGAAAUUCCCGAGAAUAUUAAUAUAUGUUCAUUAUAAUUAUAAAUACUUUGUUUGAUAAGGGUGAGAAAGGAUCUCGUGGUGACAAAGGAUCACAAGGAGAGAAGGGAUCACAAGGACAAAAAGGAAUGCCGGGAACGUGUGAUACAAAGGUAAUUGCUACCUUACAGCUCCUAGAUUUUCACUCCUUAUAACCUUUAGUAAUAAUUAUUCUUAUUAUUCGUUCAAAAUAUUUCCCCGUUUCUGAUUGGUUAAAACUACACGCAUAAUUUACCAUAACCAGCUGCUGUUGACGAAAUUUGAAAAGAAUUUUGUCAUAUUGAACCGAUGACGUCAAAAUGACGUCAAAAGUGCAGCCUGGUUGCAGGUUAUUGAACCGUUGACCGAGAAAACCUGGGGACGAGGUUGAAUUGUUUUGGUAGUUAGAACCAAAUGGCGGAACUGUCGCGGAACAUUUCACUCGUUUCACCUCGAAAUAUUGUCUAAAAACAUCGCAAGAACAGCAAGAAAACAACUUGACGGACAACAUCUGCUAUUGGGAGUAUAUUUGCAGACCUUAAUCUCCUAAACUUCCCGAUAAAGAUGCUUUAUCGAUAUGAACUUACAUCGACCGAGGUUAGCAUGUUUUAGCUUGUUUUUAAACUCGGAAUUAUUUUGAAGGAAUAAUAAAACAAUUAUUGAAUUCAGCUUUCGUAGUAUCUAGUGGCUGCAAAACAACGUCUUGAGAACUGCGUUGCUGGCAUCAAUUUGUGGAUGACUGCCAACAAGUUAAAGCUUAACAAUGAUAAAUCGGAAUUUCUCUUUCUGCACUCCCGUUUUGGUCAUUCGUUGCCCCCUCCCACGAUUUCUGUUGGCAUGGAAAACAUCAGGCCCUCUCAACAGGCUCGCAAUCUUGGCGUGAUUUUUGACGACACAAUGUCACUUUCACCUCAUGUUAAUACAAUAGUUAAGGGUGCCUUCUAUCUAAUACGAAAUAUUUCUAAAAUAAGAAAAUACAUCAGUAAAAGUACCACACAAAUUCUAAUUCACAGUUUUGUUAGCUCGAAGUUGGACUUUUGUAAUUCUCUUCUUUUUGGUACCCUAAAACGGGACAUAGUUAAGGUGUAGUCCCUUCAGAAUGCGGCUGCUCGAAUUAUCGCCGGUCUCAAAAAACGAGAUCACAUCACCGAGACUCUAAGAGAUGUUCACUGGCUUCCUGUUGAGGAGAGAAUUGUUUUUAAAAUAAAUUUAAUAACUUUUAAAACAUUGAAUGGCUCCGGUCCCCGUUAUCUUGAAAAUAUUUUAAAAUUUUACCAUAAAUCAAGGACAUUACGGUCAUCAAGGGAUCAUUUACGCCUUGAAGAACCAAAUUUUAACAUGAACACUUAUGGCCACCGAGCGUUUUCCGUUGCUGCCCCCCGACUAUGGAACAAGCUCCCCUUUGAAAUUCGAGCUUGUUCUGAUGUUAAUCUUUUUAAAUCUAAGUUGAAAACGUUUCUUUUUAGAAAGGUAUAUGACAUUUAGUUUCAUCAUAUUUGUUUUUGUUUUCUUUCCUUUUUAAGAUGUGUGUGCUAUAAAUUUCCCAAUAUGUACAGUAGGGUUAUAUGUAAGCUUGUGAUUAAUGAUAUUCGUAUGUCCUUUUUUACAUUGUAAAGCGCUUAGAACAGCGAUGUAUAAGCGCUAUAUAAAUUCCAUUAUUAUUGUUAUUAUUAUUUGUGCGGCUUUUUUUCAAUUCACACAUGCCCAACCCCUACCCCCACCCCACGCCGACGCGUGUCGGCGUGUAUCCAGAAUUUUUCCGAGUUUCAACAUUGUAUAGGGUGGGGAAAGGGAGAACUGCAAAAAAAUUUCGAAAAAAAAACAAAACAAAAACUUGUGAAUGCUGCAUAACUGCACUAGGACUUUUGUCCAGGAGUGCACAUUAGGAGAUUGUUAGCUUUGUUCUUUAAUUGUAUUUUGUUCUUACAAGUUAUUUUGCAUUUUAGGGCAAAUCAGGGUGCUGUUUAACCGGUAAGGGCAUUAUUUACUACUGUUGCCUACGAUUUACAUUUACAUUGAUUCACUGGAAAGAAGAGUUUUCGAAUUUUAAGUUCAUGAAACCGUGGCCCAUCUUUGGUCAUUGCAAAACCACAACGCAUGAGUAAAUUCUUUUGCCGAUUGAUUCUAACUAGGUUUUUUUCUUGACAUUAGUUGUUAACAAAGAUGUUCACCCUUUUUUUUAUGGAAGACUGCUCUAUUGGACUCCACUUCUUUGAAAAAGUUCAAGACCUACCAACCCGAGGAGCGGUAGAUGUGGAACAUUUCACCAUUGAUGGAAACUUGUUUCUUGCUUUUGCCAAUUAUCAUGGGGACAUUAGGAAAUGGAAGACAAGUUCCAUGAUCUACAAGAUGGACAACUCAACUGGAAGAUUGUCUUUGUACCAGGCCCUACAGACAAGAGGAGCUUUUGACCUGGAGUACUUUUCUAUCGCUAAUAAACAUUUUCUUGCUGUCGCCAAUCAUUACGAUGGAACAUACCGGGUGGAUUCUACAGUUUAUCAGUGGAAUGGAAAGCUGCUUGUCGACUUUCAGAAAUUAUCAACAAACGGAGCAAUCCACUUCACCUAUUUCAAAGUAAAUGGGGAUAGUUAUCUCGCAGUAGCAAACUACCAUGACGGAAGUACCCAUUCUAUAAAGUCAGUUAUCUACAAAUGGAGCAGCGGCAAGUUUAACAGAUUUCAAGACAUAUCAACUGAAGGUGCCAUAGGAUGUACGGCGUUUGUGAUAAACGGUGACACAUUCAUCGCUUUUGCAAAUCAGUACAACUCCCAACACAAGUAUUCUGUUCAGUCCACUGUGUUCAAAUGGUCAGGAGGUCACUUUGUUAAACUGCAGUCUCUUCAGACUUACGGAGCUCACGAUUUGAAGCCUUUCAUCGUCAACGGUCACACGUUCCUCGCUUUUGCCAACUACUACUCUGGAAGUAAGCACAACACCGAUUCUUUCAUUUACAAGUGGAAUGGUAACAAGUUUGUCCUGUUCCAGUCCAUUCCUACUCGAGGAGCCAUAGCAUUGUUUCCCUUUGAGAUCAGCGGCCACACGUACCUGGGUGUAGCUAAUCACCAUGGUGAUAGUCAGAAACACAACACUCAGUCAGUUGUGUACCAGGCCUCUGGGGCGCGGUUCAUCAAAUACCAAGAGAUUCCAACAAAUGGGGCGCGUGGUAUGACGUCAUUUGAGUACAAAGGUCAUACUUACCUUGCAGUAACAAACUCCUACAAUGGCCAGAAGAACAACAUAAACAGCGCGCUGUACAAGUGGGUAUAG